CAUGUGUCAAAAAAUGGCAAAUCAGAUUGCGUAGCAAAAGCGUCCUUGGUACGGUUUUAUUUCUGAUCUCAAAUAAAUUCGCAAAUCCAGCAUUAUUUUUUGUUUCGAUCCGGCAACACCGGCACUCGCUUUAACCUGCUUAAACACUCCACACAGCUAGCAAAUACCGAUGGCGGACAGUGCGGGAGAAUGGUGCCUGAUCGAGAGUGAUCCCGGCGUAUUCACAGAGCUUAUCAAAGAGUUCGGCGUGGACGGCGUUCAGGUGGAAGAGCUGUGGAGUUUGGAUGAGAACAGUUUCAAGGAUCUCGAACCAGUGCACGGGCUGGUGUUUCUCUUCAAGUGGGUAAAGGACGACGAACCGGCCGGAUCGAUCGUGCAGGACAGCCGGCUGGAGAAGAUCUUCUUCGCGAAGCAGGUCAUCAACAACGCGUGCGCUACACAGGCCAUCCUGAGCAUUCUGCUGAACGCAACCCACCCGGACAUUAAGCUCGGCAGCACGCUGACAGAUUUCAAGGAGUUUGCCUGCACCUUCGACGCGUACAACAAGGGCCUGGCGCUGAGCAAUGCCAGCCAGAUCCGCACGGUGCACAACUCGUUCGCCCGGCAAACGCUGUUCGAGCUGGACAACAAGAGCUCGGGCAAGGAGGACGUGUUCCACUUCGUCGGGUACGUGCCGGUGGACGGUCGGCUGUACGAGCUGGACGGGCUGAAGGAGGGACCGAUCGACCACGGUGCGGUCGGGCCGGGACAGGAUUGGCUGCAGGUGGUGCGACCCAUCAUCGAGAAGCGAAUGCUGAAGUACAGCAAGGGCGAGAUCCAUUUCAACCUGAUGGCCAUCGUGUCGGACCGGCAGCUGAUCUACCAGCAACAGAUCGAUCAGCUGCUGCAGGGCGACGAGUCGGAGAUGGAGACGGACGCCAAGCAGGACAAGAUCAAUCAUCUGCGCGUGCUGAUCGAGGACGAGGCGGCGAAACGGAAGCAAUACAGGACGGAAAACGUUCGCCGCAAGCACAACUAUCUGCCGUUCAUCGUGGAGCUGCUGAAGGCGCUGGCCGAGAACGGGCAGCUGAUGCCGCUGUACGAGAAGGCGAAGCAGCGGGCACUGGAGCGGGAGGCGGCGAAAUCGAAGCAAUCAUAAAAUGGUUCCAUUCUUUCCAUCGUAAUGCAUUUUCAUUUCGUAAUAAACGAUUUGCUACAAACGGUUGUUAUAAAGCAA